AUGGCGGACCUGCGCGCAAUGCUGGAGGCGUUAGAGCAGCGGCUGGAGCGGACCGAGGCGGUGCUGCGCGACGGGCCCCCCUGGGCGCUGCGGCUGCCCACGGUUCCAGUGACAUUUGAGGACAUCGUGGUGCACUUCAGCGGGGCGGAGUGGGCAAGCCUGGAUGAUGGGCAGAAGGAGCUGUACAGGACCGUGAUGGAGGACAACUACGAGAUGCUGGUGUCCCUGUACUGUGCCAUGUCCAAGCCCGAAUUCUUAUUUCGGAUUGAAAGAGGAGAGGAGCUGCACAUGCCAGUGGCGACAGCAGGUCUGGAGGGAACUGACAUGUCUCUGGAGCGAGCCGCAGAGCCAGACAGCCUGAGCUGCACAAGUGACAGGGCUGUGCUGGAGAUGAAGAGAACAGAGUAUUGUGAGGGGAUCUGUGGGAACCCAGAAGAAAGCAGGACCCCCGUGGUCUCAGAGAAAUGCAGUGCACUGCAUGUCCCUCAUGAAGCCACUGCUGUCCCAGCAGACCUCAGCCAGCCAACACUGUCCCCUUCCUGCCCUGUCUCCACAUGCCUCCUGGAAGCAGGGAAUCUGAACGAGUCUCCAUCACCUCCACCUGCAGCAGCAGAUGCUGAGAUGGAGAUCCCAACGGAAGUACCGCAGGAGGAUGUAGCAGGAGGAGGUACCACAGAGGAGCCGGCCGUGCCUGAAACACCCUCAAAGAGUCUGGAGGAGGAGGACAUGAAGGAUGUGGAGUGCAGUGGCCAAAGCUUGGAGGCAGAGCUUCCUGCAAACCCAGAGAAGGAGGCAACGCUGGAUGACUGUGGAGUAAUGGUCCCGGCAGAUCCCAGCUGCACAGCCACCACUGUGGGAGAGCCCAUGGAGGCCUCCUGUGUGGGCCAGCGGAAUUCCACCCGGGAGAAGACAUACUCCUGCUCUGUGUGCAGGAAAAACUUCCUGCUCGAGAUCAACCUCAUCCUCCACCAGUGCAGCCACAGCAACUGGCUGCCCUACAUCUGCGUGCACUGCGGCCGCAGCUUCAUGUCCAAGAGGAAAAUCCGGCAUCACCUGCGGGCCCGGGAGGUCCUGGGGCUGUGCCAGCCCUCGGAUGUGGAAUGCUCUGUGUCCCAGCACCAGGGCUGCAGCACUGCCAGGGGGAAGCCGAGCACCAGCAGAUUCCCGCUGUCACCUGGGAACGUGAUGUAUACAUGCAAGGAGUGCAUGGAGAGCUUCUCCAGCCAGAGCUUCCUGAUCCUGCACCAGUGGCAGCACAGCCAGCACCACCUCAUCCUCUGCCCUUGCUGCAACCAGAGCUUCACCUGGGCCUCAGAAUUUGUGCGCUACCACCAGCCCCACAUAGGUGAGCGGCCCUACCAGUGUGGUGUCUGCCAGAAGGCUUUCAAGCGCUACCAGCACCUGAGCAUGCACCAGCGGAUCCACGAGCGGCAGAACAGGCCCUAUCCCUGUACAGAGCCGCCACCUGUGCCGGCAGCACCUGUUUAGGUGUGGAGGUGGAAGCGGGAAGCGGAGUAGAAGAAGGGGUGGGAAGCUGGGGGGUCUCCUUCUGGGGAUAAGAGGCUGCGGUUGAACUUUCUCUUCUCGCCCUCACUGACUGUGGAUGCGAGUGUAUUGGGUGAAGGAUGGAGCACGGGUGCCAUCACCCGGCUCCUCCAUGGGGAUUGAGGACACCCAACCUUGCGGUGUGUGUGUUGUGGUGUGAGGGUUGUGGUGCACAGGUUGCUCCUCAUGCCUGAGCCCUGGUGGGGCAGCUGGGAGCUGGGAGAGGGAGCUGCCAUGGCUGUGGACAUGUGCUUUUUCGGGAAAGUGCCAAUAGAUGCUGUAGAAAUCA